AGCGACCCGCAGCGACCGACCCACGCCACCGACAUCAGCCGGCGCGCGCGCGGGCGGCUUCCGCGCCAGCGCUGCGCCAUGGUGAAUUCGCUUCGGUCAACCACUCCGUUGUCCCAUGCCUCGCUCAAUGCGACUCAGGCCAAGGGACGCCAGAGUAUCCUGGACAAGGAACACUUGAGAAGAGCCCUUUCAGUCAUUGAGAAGGACUCGUUCAGAUACCAGAAUGCCGAGAAGCAGAAACCAUGGAUGGACGCAGAAUCGUGGUCGAUACUGCGUGUGCAGAUGGCAAAAGUGGUGAGGAGUCAGACCUUUGAGACCGUGAUGGGUUUGGUGAUCAUUGUAAAUCUCAUGCUUAUGGUGGUCGAGACAGAUGCUGAUGCCAGUUGCUAUCCACUCUUCAGCGAGAACACCAAGGAAUGCCCAAGUCGCAGUAGCUUGAUCCCUUGGUUGCAAAAUGCCAAUCUGGCCUUGCUCAUGGUCUACACGAUAGAAUGUGCCUGUAGGGCAUUUGUCGAGCGAAGCCUGUACGCGAGGAAUGUCUGGAACUUGGUGGACUUCUGCACCAUGCUGGCGGGCUGGACCGGCCUGAUAUUGGCACCUUUUGUGAAUUUGAGCGUUUUGCGGAUAGUUCGAGUUGCUCGUCUGGUGAGAUUGGGGCGACUCGUGAUCUCUGUGCCGGAGCUCUAUUGGUUACUUAGUGGCUUGAGCUCCUCCUUCAAGGCAAUCCUUUUUGGUUCGCUGAUGCUGAUGUGCGUAAUCGUGGUUUGGUCCAUCGUUGUGGUGGAGUUCCUGCAUCCAGUGAAUGUUCAGAAGCACACCUGGCAGAUUUGCCGUUUUUCUUUUUCACCACCCGGGAGUGUCUUGUUUCUCCGUGUUUUUUUUGGGUGUAAGGCUCUGUUUCAGGAGACCCAUGUGAACCUAAGGAUCCAGUAUGACAACAGCCUCUGUGAACGGUGCCAACGUGGCUUCCAGAAUGUUUACGCGGCUUCGCUGACCAUUUUCUCGCAGAUUGUUGCUGGCGAUCAGUGGGGCGCGAUUUCGCUCCCCAUGGCGGAGCACAGUCCCUGGACAGCGCCAGUGAUUUUCGUCAUGAUGACGACCAUCUCCCUGGGAGUUAUGAACUUGAUCCUGGCAGUGAUUGUGGAGAAGGCCGCUGAGGCAAGGGAGAAAGACUCUGCACGAAAGAAGGAGAAGAAGGAUCAAGAGCGUGAAGCCCACUUGGUCGAACUUGCCAUGCUUUUCGACAGCAUGGAUGAGAACUGCAAUGGCAAGCUAAGCUUAGAGGAGAUGCUCAACGGUUUCGACUGCAAUCCGAAGUUCCGGCAAUUGAUGGAUUUCAUGGACAUUGCAAGAGAAGAGGUGGAAGUCGUUUUCAACGUACUGGAUGGCAAUGCCAGUGAAGAGGUCGACUAUCUGGAGUUCUGCAAGCAUUUGUCGACCUUUCGAAAAAGGGAUCCGGUGAUGAUGCAAUCGAUGAUGAAGUAUUCCGUCAUGGAACUUCGGCACCUUUUGAAGCAGGACAUCAUGCAGGUCUUGCAGCUGCAGACGCAGAUGCUAACGGACCAGCUGACGUUAUUUCGGAAGAUACCGGAAUGCGCGGAGGAUGCCAAGGAGUUAGAGAGCAAGUGGGCUUCUGCUUUGACCCCUGGUAACAAAACAGAGAUGGUCGGGCCUGAGGAUUCUGAGCGCAGCAGAGAGGUUCGUGACUCCGUAAUGUCUUUCAGACAAAUCGACUUGGAUGAGGUGAAUGACCGCUUGGCCGCCACUUGCAUGAGCUUCCACACCAUGCAGACGGAGUUGGAAUGCCUUCUUGAAAGAGCCACGCUGAUCCCGCAGGGCGCCCUCGCACAGGCAUCGGAGUCCGUCCAGCACGUGAAGAGUGUCAAGUCUCAGGGCGACCGGAUUGACCGCCCAAAAUUCACCACAAAUCGCUCGCUCUCUUCCCUUCAGACGCACUCCAGCAAGAAGACAGGCAGUGACAUGGAUGGUGAGUUGGAAGACAGAUUCAAGGACUUGCUCUCAGAUUUUCGGGAGCACAUGGAGAAGGAAGCACAGCUACAAGGCAAAUGCAGAGAAACCUUGGAAUCAAUCAGCUCAUUAAUGUAUCACUGGAGCAUUGUGCAGAAUGACCUGUAGCAUGCAUGCAGCAUGCACACCAUGUCUAAGACAUCAGGUGUCGGUCCCGUCGAAGAAUCAUUGGCUAAUUGCCAAGACAUCUGAAAGCGUGCUUCUGGUGACAAGAAAAGGAGGUCAAGGAUUUGGACACUGCAACGAUUUUUGAGAUUGAUUAUGAUUCACUGAUUUGGGUGGAACAAGGGGAUCUGGGUGUGGGAG